ACGGAGGUUAAUUCACGUAACACCCGGAAGUCACAUUGACGAAAACGGAGGCUGUUGCAGUUCGUGAUUGUAUACGCGAGUUAUGACGCUUUUGUUGUAUUUUUUAUCUUAUGCAUAACUUGGGGAUUGUUACCAGACGAUUAACAAACAGAGACGCCAACUGUAACCUCUUGUAAACAUAUACAAGGCCGUCCCCCGUCUUUCCCAGGCUAGGCGGGCGCUUUGACGGAAAAUGAACGUUGAUGCCUCGCAGGCAGUCGCAGCCGGAGGCGCAUCCUCCACCUCGGCCUCCAGCAGCAGCACCAACACCACCAGCAGCGCUGUGAUGAAUAACAGCGCCGCAACCAACGUAGUCUUGGCUGCCGGUAACGUACCGGCGUCCGCCGCCGCUGCUCCCCCAUCGUCGGACGCCUCCGUCUCUAACGGGGUGUACCUUCCAGCUGGCAUCACUAACGGCGAUGUGAAGCCGGUGGUUUCCACGACGCCACUGGCGGAUUUCCUCAUGCAGCUGGAGGACUACACGCCCACGAUUCCAGACGCAGUGACUGGCUAUUACCUGAACCGUGCUGGCUUUGAAGCAUCAGAUCCCCGAAUAAUUCGUCUGAUCUCCCUGGCAGCGCAGAAGUUCAUCUCUGACAUCGCCAAUGAUGCCCUGCAGCACUGCAAAAUGAAAGGUACUGCAUCAGGCAGUUCCAGGAACAAAACCAAGGACAAGAAGUACACCCUGACGAUGGAAGACCUGAGCCCAGCUCUGUCCGAGUACGGCAUCAAUGUAAAGAAGCCCUAUUAUUUCACCUGAGCCUGUGGUAACUGCAGAGCCCCCCCCAGGGUCAUCACCGGCAUAAACACCCCCUCCUCUCCACUUUUGUUUUGCUAGUCAAAUAUUUCUCUUAGGUGCACAUGACACACAUUUGUCUGAUUUAACCUGUUUUCUUUUGUCGCUUACUGGAGUGAACACUGCUUUUUAUUGACAAAUAAACGACUACAAAUUA